AUGCCGCCUCGCAAGACAAUUUACCUGCCCUCCAAGGACUAUGAACUUCCCGAUCUCGAUAUACUAACCCUCAUAUACGAAUCGUCCGAGUCGUGGACCACCGAGUCUACAAUUCUCCACGCCGAAGCCGCUCUGCCCUCGAACUGCGUUACCAAGGCCCAAGCACGAGCUUACACCAAACGCCUCGCCUACGUCUUCCGCCACCACUUUGGCAUCGGCGCAAGUGGUCCGGGCAGGGAUGUCGUGGUGUGCAUCUCCUCCGGCCAAAUUCUGCUCUCGAAUGUCUUUUACGGGGUCAUUGGUGCCGGAGGGGUGUUCAGCGCGGCAAGCUCAUCAUUUACGUCGCUGGAGCUGGCGAGACAGGUCAAGCAGGGGAAGAGCAAUCUGAUUGUUUGCAGCCCAGACUGUGUGGAGGUCGCCAUACGGGCGGCCAAGGAGUGCAAUGUACCCUUGGACAGGGUCCUGGUGCUGGAGUCACUGGGCGGGAAGAGAAUACUGCAGGAUGUGGAGCGGAAGGGGAGGAAUUUUCUGCAGGGAGACGGGAAGAAAGAGGAGGCGCUCGAGUGGGAAAGGAUCACGGACAAGAAAGUAUUGGAGGAGAGGGUGGUGUGUUUGCUGUACAGCAGUGGCACUACCGGUGUUCCAAAAGGCGUCAACAUCUCACACACCAACCUCGUCUCCGAGGGCCUCAUCCCCCAGUACAUGAUACGCGAAUACUUCGCGAAGCAACGCCGGCUCAACCCUUCGUUCAACUUUGAAUAUCGGACCUUGGCCCACCUGCCUGCCGCGCACAUUGCCGGCUGCCAGGGCUACUACGUCAACCCGGCCAUCGCCGGCGGCCCCGUCUACUGGAUGCCCAAAUUCGACUUCCCCAAAUUUCUCGACUACAACAAGAAAUUCCGCAUCACGCACUUCUUCAGCGUGCCGCCGAUCUACUUGCUCAUCGCCAAGAGCCCACUGGUGACGGACCAGUUCAAGACGCUGGUGCACGCCGUCGGCGGGGCGGCGCCGAUGGGCGCAGAGCUGCAGGCCAUGGCAGAGAAGAAACUAGGCUGUCAGAUUAGCCAGACGUGGGGGUUGAGCGAGACGACGGGCUCCGUGACGGCCAUGCCCUGGGACCAGGAUGACAAGACCGGAUCGGUCAGUCCGCUGCUGUCGAACGUGAGGAUGAGGAUCGUGGACGACGAGGAAAACGACGUUGAAGAGGGCUUGGAGGGCGAGUUCAUCAUGCAAGGACCCAUGGUAACGAAAGGGUAUUGGGACAAUGAAGUGGCGACCAGGGAGAGUUUCACAAGAGACGGCGUGUGGUUCAAGACGGGCGAUAUUGGAGUCUGCAGGAACGGGUUGUUUUACGUAGUAGAUCGGAAGAAGGAACUGAUCAAAUACAAAGGCCUCCAAAUCGCCCCAGCCGAGCUCGAAGCUCUCCUUCUCUCACACCCGCUAAUCCGAGACGCCGCCGUGAUCGGCAUCCCCGAGCCCGGGGGGUUCGGCAACGAAAUCCCCCGCGCCUACGUCGUGGCCGACAGAUCCAAGAUCUCAGAGCAGGAGAUCAAGGACUAUGUGAAGCGCAGCCUCGCCCAGCACAAGCAGCUCCGCGGCGGCGUGGUUUAUCUAGACGGCAUUCCCAAGAGUCCCAGCGGGAAGAUCCUGAGGAGGGACUUGAGGGAGUUAGCGAAGCGCGAAAGGAGAGGAGGCGAGCAGGCCAAGAUCUAA